GUGCGGGUGGAGAGUAAAAAAAAUGGCUGGAAAUGCGGAAAACAGCAGAGAAUUUAUGGAGAGGUUUAUUUUUACAGCAAGAGCUGAAGGAGGGGUGGUUUCCGCUGUGUGUUCCCACACCGGUAUUAGAUACCGCUUUACGAUUGAAGAGGACGGAUGGCAUUGGUAUAAGGCCAAUGAAUAUGAAGGUGCAAGCGAUGCUGAUGAUGAGCGCGGUGAGGAGGAAAGGAUAACGGUCGGGUGCAAUAUUGCAGCCCGCGAUCGCAGCCCCGGCUCAUCACGCCCGCCCAGUCAGGAGCACAUCUUGCCCCCACAUGUAAUGGAGGAACCGGUAGGUGAAGAUUGGCCUGAAGAGAAUGGCCUGGCAGGUGAUGAUCUGCCUAUAACAGAUCGAGCUGAUGAAGAUGUUACAUCUCCGGAUGUAAGUGACAUUGAGUCACGAAAUUGCGAAGAAGAUUUAGAAGAUGAGGCAGAAGAAGAAGACGAAUCGGAGAAUGUUACGUCUCCAGAUGUGAGUGACAUAGAGUCACUAGGAGAUGACAUAUUUGUCGAAGAUGAUGUUCAGGGAGCAAGGGCUUUGACUCCCCCCGAUAUGCCCGAGCUUGUUUCUUGGGCAGAUAACGGUAUGUUUUUUUAUCAUUACAUGUAUCCUUAUAUAAAUUUUUGUAUAACACUUGUACGUCUUUUCUGA